CAGACAAAUGCGGAGUGCUACAAAAGUGUUUCUCAAAACAGUACUAUGUUUUGAAGCCACCAGGUGUAAGAAUGGAAAUUUAUGCUAUGUUCUCCAUAGCUGGUGUGUUGUCCACCCUCCUUCUAAUAUGGGAGUAUAAAUACAUACAUAGACUUUGUUCCUAUGUCCUGAAAUGUCUUUACUUCGACCUAAAGGAACCGGAGGGAGAGGCAGAAGGAGUUAAGCAAGAGAAAGCAGAUGUUCUAAGUAAGAGAAAGGAAAUGAUGUCGAAAACUCCUGUGAAAGGAGACACGUUUGGGGAAUAUCUCCUAGCGAAGGAUGUUUCUAGAAGGGUGCAAGGCGUAUAUGUGAUACGUCACGUUAACUUCGGGCUCGGGAAGGGGGAGGCAUUAGCAAUCUCUGGUUUACUGAAACACGGAAGAUUGAAGCUGUGUGAAGUUGUAGCAGGUUUUAGGUUACCCAGUGACGGACGGCUGUGGAGUGCCUCCAAAUGGAGUUUGAACAGAAAUCCCUACUUGUAUAGCCGUAAUAUAACUCUAAGUUGCCAACACAAGACACUACCAGAAUGGAUGACAGUGUAUGAUGCUCUUGCUUUGAUCGCUGUUUUAAGAGGAAUACCUAAGAACCGAGUUAAGGAGGAAGUUCAUAACUACAUUGACGCUUUAGAGCUUCACAAUUACACGUACACAACAAUUAGUCACUUGGAGCCCAAAGAAGUAACGCGCCUACAUUUUCUGGCGGCUGUGAUCGGCGCUCCACCAGUGAUCAUUCUUGAUGAGUUCACUGCAUACCAAAAAUACUCUGUGCGACGAGCUAUGUACUCAAUCAUAAAUAACCUGAGAAAACGUGGACACGCCGUAAUUUUGUCGUCUAGCAAUGUCGAAAGCCAUAUGCCAGUAACGAACAGACUUGCAAUACUAUUCGAUGGUACUAUCUAUGACAUUGAUUACAUAGACAAUCUCGUGGCGCGCAACAGCGACCCUGGCUACACAGUAGUAGUACAUCUCAAGAAUGAAGUCAAUGUUGAAAGAAUGUUUUCGCAUUAUUUUCAGAACUUCAUUAUUAAUGAUGUCAAUGAGGUCCUUGUUAACAUCCAAAUAUUAGAUUCUGAUUUAAACUGGGCAAAAAUAUUUCAAAGAAUGGAAACCCUUCAAGCCGAGAACCACCAUAUUGUAUAUUCAUAUGUUAUCUCUGCUGUGCCCAUAGAUUACAUAUAUAACAGCAUAUUAAGCACAGAAGGCUCCGAGAGUGGUGUAGCAACAUCCAUAUUUACAAAAUAUUUUAAAAAGACUAUAAAAAGCCCCACUGCUGCCACAUUGGACAAUUUAAAACGAUUCGACAAGAGGUAUUAUAUCACGAAGCUGAAGGAUCUCCCGUGGUCUGUUAUUUUUCAUAGAUAAAAGCAGUUAGCAAUAUACCACACCCAUUCCUCUAUGGACAAAUUCUAUAUACAAUGAGUGUUAAUACUUAUAAAAAGAAGAAAUUUUCUCGUUUUGGGUAUGUCAUAAAGCAACAUAGCGAUUUAUGCCUACCAGUGCAAAGGAAGGUUAUGAAGAAAAAAGUGAAUAGUUUGUUUUAUUUUUAAUUGAAAUAAGCGUGAUUAUAAGCAAUUUAUGUUAUUAAAGCUAAUAUGUAAA